ACGCAUGCUCAGUUUCUCCCUUCAACUGAUUCACAUCAGCAGCAGCGGCUUCGGAGAUCCACCGGUCCGUCGGCACAUGAAUCCCCAGUGAGAAGAGCGAGCACUCCGGCCACGGGGGUGUACAAGGUGUGGGAGGUGUGAUGGCGUUGUGCUCUGAGGCCUGUGUCUCCAGCUCAGGAGGAGAAUCCUCCGGGAGUGAGGCGGGUUCUAGCUGUCUUCAGUUUGGGGUUCGUUCCUAUCUGCACCACUUCUAUGAGGAAUGCUCGUCCUCCAUGUGGGCCAAAGACCCAGAAGAUAGGGGGUUCGUCCAGAGCCAGAGGUCAACCCUGUGGUGGAACUCAGCAGUCUGGAAGGUGUCCUUAGCCCUGGGUCUCCUGAUCCUGACUGCAGGCAUUGCCAGUCUGUCAGUCAGUUACUCCACUCCCCAUAAAAUUGAGGCGUUCGGAGAGGGAGACCUUUUCUUCGUGGAUGCCCAGGCCGCCAGCUUCAACAGGGGGCUGCACUUCAGUGCCGCGGCCGGGAUCGGGCUCUCCUGCCUCGGCUCGGCCCUGGCAGCGAUGGGGGUUGUCGUUUGGAUCCUCCCCAGGGCCAACUUGAAAGAGAGGCUUUUCCACAGACCGGUGGAGGGGGAACAGAGAGGAGAGUCCAGGUCGAAGUGGAAGGGAUUUAUGGAUCAGGGGGAUGUGGUCACUAACCCACCAGGUAUUGAGGAGGGGAAGAUACCUGUCACACUGUCGAAAGUGGAAAAUGUGCAGCCCACUCCUUAAAAAGAUCCCUGCUGAGCUACAUGGUGUACAGGCUUUUGUUGUAGUGCAGGGGCCUCAUUUACAAGGUCUUAUUAUUUGUUUUUAAUCUGCUUUUGAAGGAAACAUGGGUCAUUUUAGGUAUUGUUUGAUUACCUGGAUAUCACAGUUAGACAUAAGAUGUAGACAAGGACACUUUCAGAUUUGAAAAGCAUGGCUUGAUGCGAAUAGGUCAGAGCUUUCUUUUAAAUAAAUCCAAAUUAAAACAUGUAAAUGAGGCCCCAAGACUUCAACCAGAGAGCCAGAGUGGCUCUCUUGAACACCUCAUAUUACAGACUAGGCAUUUAGCUGUUGACCAUAGACUGUGUUUGUGCAGUGCACUAGUCUUAUAUUUUAAAAACACAGUGAAUAAUGUCCACCCUGACACUCCGAGAGCAAAAUCCUGAUGACUGAUUAUAGAAAAUUAUGUUUCUACCCCUGUUUUAUAGUGUUUGUUGUGUUUUUGCUCAACAUUUUUAUCAGUUAGUCUUUAAAUGGUAAUGUCCAAGUAGUUAGACAUACUGCAUGUAUCACAUAGAGUACCUACAUUUCCAUUCACAUGCAUAUAUAUACACACACAUGCAUCAUAGGACAUUCAGAAAGGUGCUCAUGUACAGAAGAGGUUACAGAUAAAAAGAAUCAUUAACAAUUCUCUAUCUCAUUUUCACAUGUCAACACUAAUGCUCAGCCUGCUGUGCUGAACACAUGUACAGUCACAUGCACUUGCACUCACCUGCUCACCCACACACCCACACACAAGUACAAAUUCGUGCUUCAUUGACAAUAUCACCUAUUUUCUCCCCACUGUAAUCUGGCUCCAUAAUUGCCUGCAAUCUGUGUCUCCAGGCAACAGUUGCGCUUCAAGUGCUCUAUUUUCAACUCCGAACAAAGACUCUUUUCUGAUUGGUCCCUCAAGUCCCCUCUCUUCAUUUUCACACCAAUCAGAUUUUUUGUUUACAGCCAUACACAGUAGUAGCGACUAAGUGGUGAAGCACUGGGGUGAGAGGAAUUUGCACUGGCACCUUAGAGGCCACCUGUUUGAUUGGGUCCUCCAAUUCAGUCAAGAUAAGAUAAGAUAAGAUAAUCCUUUAUUAGUCCCACAAAUUCUAAUUAGUCUGAGUAACAGAGAGUACAUGUUGGAAAGAAAAAUGUAAAAAAUACAACAUGAUGCCCUAAUUUAAGCGCACUGAUUCCACUGGAUGUUGUUAUUGGUGUUUCAUUGUUUUAUUGUGUUAUUGGCUAUGAUGAAGAUUAUGGAGUAGAAUGAGAGUAAAGUGUCACUGGUGCAAAAUCAAAUGACCAAAAUAAAUUUGUGAUCUGCAUACCUAAA